GAGGUGGGUGUUUCCUGCAGUCCUCGUGGUCAUCACGCAGCGCGCGCGCUCUCACGCUGCAGUGGAAGUAGCGCGGAGUCGCUGAUUAGCAGCAGCAGCAGUAGCAGGAGCGCGCGCCGAGCUGAGCUCGUUUUUUUCCCGCUAGAACUUUCCCCCCUUCAUCCUGAUAAGGAAGACUGCAAGGAUGUGGUGCUGCGGUGUUUCCUCAAAACUCAAUUAAACCGCACCGAAACGUUUAAAGGAAACACGCUUCUUUCUCUUAUUUGGUGUACACACACACACACAAACACACACAGACACACGCAGGAAAACGAUGUGUGCGCGCUCUCGAGUCGGAAAAAAAGCGCUGCCUGUUUUUUUCAGCAUUGUGACAGAUGAGUAAAAACUAGCGACCGCCUUCUUCUGCUCCACGCAUCAACCAGAGGCAUCGAGACCACCUUAUCCUCUCAAACAUCUCCAAGAACGACUAGGUUCUCCGUAUUUCCUUUACUUUACUUUUCGGAAGGCGAGGAGGAACCUCGAGAAGAACCCGCUCAUCCCCGGCGCCUGCACGGGAUCUUUCUGAAGUGAUCUAUAUACAGUAUAUCUGUCCUCUUCCUCCAGUUAAGCCUCACAGACUGGAGACAUGUUGAUGAAAGAGUACAGGAUAUGUAUGCCCCUGACUGUGGAAGAGUACAGGAUCGGGCAGCUGUAUAUGAUCAGUAAACACAGCCACGAGCAGAGUGAGCGAGGAGAAGGAGUGGAGGUGGUGCAGAACGAGCCCUUCGAAGACCCGACACACGGCCACGGGCAGUUCACAGAGAAACGAGUCUACCUCAACAGCAAACUGCCCAGUUGGGCGAGAGCGGUGGUGCCCAGAAUCUUCUAUGUGACUGAGAAGGCAUGGAAUUAUUAUCCGUACACCAUCACAGAAUACACAUGUUCGUUUUUGCCAAAGUUCUCCAUCCACAUAGAAACCAAGUACGAAGACAACAAAGGAUCCAAUGACAACAUUUUUGAAAGUGAGCUGAAGGACCAGGAGCGAGAAGUGUGUUUCGUUGACAUUGCUUACGAUGAGAUUCCAGAGCGCUACUACAAGGAGUCAGAGGAUCUGCGCUAUUUCAAAUCGGAGAAGACAUCUCGCGGCAUGCUGCAGGAAGGCUGGCGGGACACGGAGACUCCCAUCAUGUGCUCCUACAAGCUGGUCACCGUAAAGUUCGAGGUGUGGGGCCUCCAGACACGCGUGGAGCAGUUCGUGCACAAGGUGGUGCGGGACGUGUUGUUACUGGGCCACAGACAGGCCUUUGCCUGGGUGGAUGAGUGGAUCGACAUGACAAUGGAUGAGGUGAGAGAGUACGAGCGUAGGAGCCAGGAGGCCACCAACCAGAAGAUCGGCAUGUUCCCUCCUUCCAUUUCCAUUGGCGAGAUGCCACUCUCGUCUCAGGCUCCCAGCGGCCCGGCCAGUGCUCCAUCCACCCCACUUUACACCGAUGCCCCAGAGUUCCUUUCCGUCCCCAAAGAGCGACCUCGAAAGAAAUCCGCCCCCGAAACGCUCACUCUGUCCGAACCUGGCCAGUCGGUGCCUGUUCCCGCCCCUAACCACGCCUCUCUCAGCCCAGCGUCCAAUGAGACGGAGUGAUUCUGUCUGUGCCACACCUCUUCGUGACUUCUUCCUUCAAUCAGGAUUUUGUAAACACGAUUCACUCACUCGGCUCCUUCCACUUGCUCCGUGUUGCAAAUUUCUAAAAGACUCCAGUUUCUGACCAUGUAUAUGGGCUUCCUCGUUUCAAGGUAGCCUCCGACUCAAACAGUUUAUAUUUUCUCAUAUUUAGAAACGUUAAAAUAUCUGCAUUCGGUUAUUGUGAUGCGUUUUUCUGUCACAAGUUUAAAAAAAAAGAUCAUAAAGGCUACUUAUGAAGGCUUGUUCUAAACAACUCGUUCUUUUUAUUUCUCAUUUUAUCAUGAGAUCAUUUAAUAUGAUUUAGCUGAUGACCCCCUGUGGCUUAAAUACUGUUGCCUUAGCAACGACAAAGCAGGUAUUAGCCCUGAUUAGGAUCAUGAAUGAACAUGAGGUGUCAUUCUGAACUUUUAGAGUUAUUUUCUUCCUGCUCCGUUGAAAAUGCCUUUCGGGGAAAAGAAACAGAGCGGUGCAUUUCUGCUUACACCAGUAGCAGAGCUGCAAAUUCCAGACAGGAAAAAAUGUAGAAAUCUGUAUGAAUCUCAUAUCAAUAUUUAUACUGUACAUUCAAAUAUUUUUCAAUGAUAUAAUGGACACUUUUUUUUUUUCUUCAAUGCCAAACUGCAUCUUAUAACAUUAAGGAAGAUAACCAAGAAGUCUGAGACCCCUGAAAAUCAUUUUCAACCCCAUUUUCACUUAAUUAAGUAACAACAACUUGAGUGUAGAAUCGAAAUUAAUAAAAAAAAAUGUUUUGCUCAUUUGUUUUAAGGAC